ACGGCGGCGAGCGGCGGGCGGCGCUCUCCGGGAGGAUACCUCUGCUCCGGCUGCGCGGUGGCGGGGGACCGGCUCGCGCUGUAGGGAGGGGAUAGGUAGCGGAGCCGGGAGGGGGGACAUGGACACGAUGCGGGGGGCACUGGAGCGGGCGAAAAUGCUGGUGGGCAUGGAGGUCGACGAGGAGUCGGCGCUGCCGCCGCCCGAUGAGCAGUCCUUCUUCGACGACGUCACUCGCCACUGCGCCCUCACCACCACCGAGAGGCUCUAUGGCUUCGCUAUAUGCUUGGCUGCCGGAUUGACGUGCACCUUCUUGUCGAUGCUAGUUUUCUUCAAUCCUGUGAAAUUCGGGGUAACAUUCACCCUUGGAAAUUUGAUGGCACUUGGAAGUACAGCGUUUCUUAUAGGUCCCAAAAGGCAAUUCGAUAUGAUGCUUGAUUCUGUGCGGAUAUAUGCAACUGCUGUAUACAUUGCAAGCAUCAUAAUUGCUCUAUUCUGCGCUCUCUUUGUUCACAGCAAGCUGCUGACUCUGCUUGCCAUUAUCUUGGAAUUCGGUGCUCUUGUAUGGUACAGUCUAAGCUAUAUACCCUUUGCACGCUCAGUUGUUUCGAAGGUGAUGACAUCUUGCUUCGACACUGAAUUCUAAUGACCAUCCUGAUCGACUUGUCAUAGCUGGAUGAAUGCAUACAUAUCUGUAAUAUACUGUGUAUUUCGGUGAGCGAAGGGGGAGUCACCUCAGUACAUCAUCUCCUCCAAUUAGUUUGUGCAGUCAUUCUGAUGUUGUGAAGACAGUCAAACAUUUACCCUAAGUUUGUUUGGGUUCUCCUCCUAGGUUGCUCCUGGAUUUUUCUGCUACUCAACUUCUUCCAGAUUUUGAAUUUGGAGCAUAUUGAUGACUACUCUUAGUUUUUUUGUGUUACGAUCUUAGUCACAAGUCAUAACCCGUUAGUUGUAUGUUCGAUAUGCCUGACUUAUGAUGCAUCCACGCUUUAUAUAUAUUUUUUAAAAGUACGU